CGAAUGUUAGAGAAAAAUGAUCAAAUUUAUACUAAGAUCGAACCAAAUCAUAAGGCCGUCGAACCACUUAGGUGAUCGAUCCGAUUCUAGUCUAAACCUUUUUAUUAUUGUUGGAUUUACACCACGCCUAAUUGCUACCCUGUCUUUCGUUUAUUUUGUAAAUGGCAUCAAUAAGUAAUUAUAAUCACCGGUGCUAUAUUCAUUCAUAAAUAAAAAAUAAAUAAACACAUUGACCAGUGGCCAACAUAUGGGUCGGAGAAAUGGAGAGAAAUGGAGGAGGAGAUAAAGACGGCAGAAGAAGUGCCACUUCUCAUUCUUCCCACCACGUGAUCCCAUGUACGUACACUUAAUUUGCUCAUCCACAUCCCAAUAUAAUUAACCUAAUUAAUGCCCCUUUAUAUGAUGCCAGUUUUCUCUCGACUUUAGCUUGCAUCCAUCCUCCUUCUUCAUUACCAUGGCGUCCAUGGCUCGGUGGAGCUUCCUCUUGCUAGCUCUCCUAUGCGCCGCCGUCCUCCCAACACUAACCACCUCCAAGUACGUUGGGAAACCCUUCGUCGUCCGCGGCCGCGUGUACUGCGACACCUGCCGCUGCGGCUUCGAGACCAACAAGACUACUUACAUCCCCGGUGCGAUGGUGGCGAUCAAGUGCUUCGACAGGAAGACGAUGAACCUCAAGUACCGCGACACGGCCGUGACGGACAAGCACGGCCGCUACGAGAUGACGGUGCAGGACGACCACGAGGACCAGCUGUGCCGGACGGUGCUGGUGAGCAGCCCCUGGGGAUACUGCAAGGUCCCCGACGAGGGCCGCCGCAGGUCGGAGGUGAUCUUGACCAGGUCCAACGGGGCAGUCUCCAACCUCCACUUCGCCAAUGCCAUGGGGUUCGUCAAGGAAGAGGCCGAGGAAGGUUGCAAGGAGCUCGUCCACCACCUCCUUUACGCCGAUGUUUGAAAAAAACUCUCUGACGAUGAUUAAUUAAUUGGUUGAUUGUUAUUUCACUACACCGUACACCUUCAUUAUUGUUAGCUUUUACGUCGACCGUACGUCGUGACGAAUAAUCGAACGAUCAAUGGCUUAUUGGUUCGUAAUAAUUUAUAUAAUUAUAGUAUCGUGUAAUGCAUGACUGAGAUUUUUAGAUGAUGGCACUAGCUACCUACUUAUGUUGCGUAAUGUGGUAAUUGGAGAUGGAGGAUAUGUUGUCGUGAAUUUAGUAACUUGAAAUCAUAAAUAUAUAGAAUUUGUUAAACUCUUUAAUAUCAUAUCAUGUUUAACUCGAUUUAAUCGGAUCGAAUUAUGUUAGAGUAUGUCCAUAAAAUGACAUUGUAUUGUUUUUUGGUACAUUGGAUGGGUCAAUGUUUUAACUAAAAUUUACACCCGACCCAACUUGUUAAUUAUAAAAGUGGAUAAAACUUGCCCAAACCAAAAACUUGUUAACACCAUGUUCAUCUCACUUUGAUCAUGUUGAAUUAGAUUGUAUAUCAUGUAGAAUUUUAUGAUGCGGAAGAACGAAAGAACACAGAACAAUGUGUUUUACGUGGUAUCCCUGUUCGACGUGAACAUGACUAAUCCACAGUUGAGCUCUACGAGCUCAAGGCUGAUAUCUUAUUAGGAUUACAUCUUGACGACUUGCUAUCACACAAGUCGAUAGCUAAGCUUAUAUAGAGAUAGACUAGGGUAAAACCCUAACGAGAAGAGUCGAGUACGACCAAUUAUCUUUACCUCCUACAACUCGGACAAGGCCCAUGACUCACACGGUUUCAUUAACCGCAACACUCCCCCUCAAGCGAAGACAUGAAUGACAAGAAUGUCGAGCUUAAAAAAGGAAAUGUUAAGAACAAGCAUGAUGGCUUGAACAACACAACUCGAGAUGAAUAACAUCUCGGGCGAGGUUGAUUGGAGACGACUGACUCUCUCUCUCUGAACAACCUGAUGAUGAAGACGGUUGACUGUGUCUCUUGAACUUGAACACACUUGGUACAUCGCGGUCGACCUGAUAUCAAUGAAAAUUCUCAACGUCAAAAUUUUUCAAACCAUCGUACUGGAAAAUAUUAUAUGCGAGGUCGAGUUUGUGUGGACGAGUUAUACUUGUGAUAGUUCAAAUUGAUGAGACUAAUUGUGAUAGAGUCGUCAACUACUUUCACUUUCCGAAAAAAAAAUAUUUCCACCCUCCAUAAGCCUUGACUCACUCUCCGAGUCAUAUAGAACUCUCCCUAUAUGAUGCAUGCAAUGGAUAAAAAAUCUCAAAUCUCAAAUUUGUAAUAAAAAAAGUUAAUUUCA